AUGAAGGGGUCGGUCAGAAACGAAUUGUUUGGUUCUUUGAUGGAUGAAAACGGGCACAUAGACUCUUACGCGCACGCGAAAGAAAUUUCGGUGAUUGCGUUUCAGCAAGACCAGUUCCGUCAGGACAUGUUUGGUGAUUUUGUGAACGAGUGUAUUCAAAACGGAGUCGAUCCGGCACUGGAGUUGAUUCGACUUGAAGAGAUGCAGAAGCCUGAAGAAAACGCGAAUGAACCCGCCGUUAAAAUGUAUUCCAUCAAUCAAACGGUGUAUAAGGCAUUACCCAAGAAGUCUGACCCAAAUAACAUUAAAGCAAUUCGAAGAGUUUUAACUAAGGUCCAACCCGUGUUGUUCUCUCAAAACCCAUUUGUCAAAAAGAUCGACGACGUCGUUCAAAGUUUCAUCACAACAAAUAAGGAAGGAGCGUUGGAAAUUCAAUUGGAUAAUGGCUUCGAUAGACUCUUAUGUCACUGCAUCGCAAAUUACUAUAAUCUUGUCUCCUAUUCUACAGGCACAGGCAACUUCAGAGUGACUCGAGUCAUGCUCACAAAAAUCGAGGAUGACGCUCCAUCGCUCACACUCACACAGAUGGCCGAAACAUUGAAUUUUGUUGAGGAAGAGUAA